AUGCCUUACCUUGUGGAGAGCAUCUGUACCAUCAUUGGGGUCUUUCACAAGCAUGCCAAGAAGGACGGGGACUGCUUCACCCUCAACAGAAGGGAGCUGAAGUGGCUGAUCCGGAAAGAGUUCUCUGAGGUUCUGGAGAAUCCUCGUGACCCUCAAACUGUUGACCUCGUAUUGCAGCUGCUGGACCUCAAUGGAGACUGUUUGGUUGACUUCAGCGAAUACCUGCUUCUCAUAUUCAGAGUGGCAAAGGCUUGCUACCAUUGCCAGCAGCCCAGCGAACAGCUCCGAACGAAGCAAGGCAUCGUCAACCAAGAGAAAGGGAACCACCAGCUGAAGAGGUAUCUAGGCACCGGUCGCGAGAUCUUGUGCUCCAUGAUGAAGGACAUCAUCCAUCACAUGAGCCUCAGCCACGGGGAGGAGACCGAGAUCAAUACUCCCAAGUGCCCACACAAAGAGUGGGACAUGAUAGGCGACGUCGAUCGCAAGAGUCUGAGCAGCGAGUCAGUGAUGGCAAUGUGA